UUAACCAUAAAUCAAUUGUAAUAUAAGAACAAAAACUGAAGAAAGUCUCAACUCUUCCUUACGGAAAUAUUUAGAAAGUCAAGAACAAACCACCUUAGUUGAACGUGCAUGCCUCAACUCUAUUCUUCUUAUAUAUGCGCCACCGCCACCGCCACUAAGCCUACCAAAUUAAGCCCACCAAGGACUUACAAGCCUCCACCAUGCCAAUCCCACCAUCAACCCCACCAUAUCCUCUCACGCCGGUACAGACUCGGUCCCGGUCGCCAUCGACCUUUCCAUCACCCCCAACCUCCCCAUCUUCUGGAAUGACGAACCCAAUGUCUCCAAUCCAGCCUGCUAUCUCCCUCCAUCAACCAAAUGGCAAGAAAGGUUCAUCAAAGCACAAUAAGAUAUUCCGCCGUGUCCGGGCUGUUUUCCGGUCAUUCCCUAUCAUCACUCCAGCAUGCAAGAUCCCCGUCUCGCUCCAUGGAAACCGCCUCCAUGACGGGCACGUUGGUGGGACCCGCAUGACCGGAACCCUGUUUGGGCAUCGGAAAGCUAGGGUUAGUCUUGCCAUCCAAGAAAGCCCCGGGUCCCUACCUAUUUUAUUGCUUGAACUCACAAUUCCCACAGGAAAACUCCUUCAAGAUAUGGGAGUGGGGCUUGUUAGGAUUGCCUUGGAAUGCGAGAAGAAGGCAAAUGAUAAGACGAAGAUUGAGGACGAGCCGAUAUGGACAUUGUUUUGUAAUGGUAGAAAGUGUGGUUAUGCGGUCAAGAGAGAGCCAACCGAUGAAGAUUUAAAUGUAAUGCAAACCUUGCGUGUUGUUUCAAUGGGAGCUGGUGUAAUACCUACAGGAGAUGGAGCAGAUCAGCCUACAGAUGGAGAAUUAACGUACAUGCGGGCAUUCUUUGAACGUGUGGCAGGGUCCAAAGACUCAGAGACCUAUUAUAUGUUGAACCCUGAUGGAAACAAUGGACCAGAACUAAGCUUAUUCUUCGUCAGGCUUUGAUCAGAAAGGUAAGGCAAUGUUUGUGGACUAAUUCUAACGAUUGAGAUUAAUACCUUCUGAUCCUUCUGCUGAAGGUUUACAGAGUUGAUCUUUCGGUGCAAAUGAAUUGGUAAGUUAUGAAACUGUUGAUGGAGGUUAUGGGAAAGUUCGAAAGCAAGAGAAUUAAGGGCAAGACAAAAUCUUCUGCUAUUGGAUUGGAGGGUGGCCUGGUUUCUGGGGGAGGAAGGGCUGAUCACUUUGUUUAAUUUGGGUGAUUAUUUUCAGGGAAUUUUUUCUUUUUUUAUUUUUGUUACAUUAAUACUUUUAGGGACUUAAUUUUAGGGUUGAGGGGACGUGAAAUCCCAGUAGAGAUCUCGUCAUGCCCUUUGAAAAAAGGCAGAAACAACCAUGUAAAACUUGAUUGCACGUAACACAUUAACUGAUCAUCAUUUCAUGAGAGUAAAUGUAAAGAACAAUGGAAGAAAAGUAUAGAGCAGCUCUCAAAUUAAAUUAAUUGUGUGUGUUAAAAUUAAUGGAAGUCAGAUUUGUUUUUAAAAAGAAAUUAAUCUGGCUCGAUCCGAUUGACCUAAGACAGCUCGGGGGAGGAGGAAGAGGCCUUUCUUCACAGCAUACAUUGCUGUCAUGGAGCAGUAUGCAAAACGAGGUGAUGUACAUAGCACGGAGAACUUGUUCCAGAGCAUGAGGGAGAUAGGUUAUACAAACCGUUUUAAGCCAUUUGAGAUUCUGAUCAAUGCUUACAUCAAUGCAGAAACUCCAAUCUACGGGUCGCAAGAGAGGAUGAAGGCGCGCAGAUAACAUAUACUACCCUAAAAAAGAAGAUGCAGGUAAAAUUAAUGGCACUGGUAGAUAGAUGGUUUCAGAAAGACUGAACUAUCUAUGUUGCUUGAUUAAGUUGUGCCAGAGGUUGCUGUAGAAUUUCCGA